CACGAGUAGAAAGUUGUCGGUACAAGUAUUUAGAGAAAAGGUCGCAGUUUUCUUUCCAUGCACCACAGACUCCUUCACAGCAGUCACAGUCGUACAAGAAAAUUGUAGUCGAAUAGUUCGAUCUUGACAGCAGCGGUUCGAUCAUUAUGGCACUCCUCAGAGGUGUAUUUGUUGUAGCUGCCAAGCGCACUCCGUUUGGCACCUAUGGUGGCGUGCUCAGGGAUCACAGUGCAACAGACUUGGCUGAGCAUGCAGCCAAAGCCGCCCUCGCGGCAGGGGGCGUGGCUCCAGAACUUGUGAACAGUGUCAUCGUUGGAAAUGUCAUGCAGAGCUCAGCGGAUGCGGCCUACAUUGCUCGUCAUGUGGGUCUGAGGUGUUGUGUUCCGAUCCCAGUGCCUGCUCUCACUGUGAACAGACUGUGUGGAUCUGGGUUUCAGUCCAUCAUCAAUGGUGCUCAAGAGAUUUGCCUGAGGGAGUCUGAGGUGGUCCUGUGCGGAGGCUCAGAGAGUAUGAGUCAGGCCCCAUACGCUGUUCGCAACAUACGAUUUGGUACAAAGUUCGGAGCCGAUCUCAAGCUGGAGGACACCUUGUGGGCGGGCCUGACUGACCUGCACAUCAAAAUCCCAAUGGGCAUCACAGCAGAAAACCUGGCAGAGAAAUACCAGAUCACUAGAGAAGAAGUUGAUAACUAUGCAUACCAGACACAGCAAAGGUGGAAGGCAGCUCACGAGGCUGGUUACUUCACUGCGGAAAUUGCUCCCAUUGACGUGAAAGCUAGGAAAGGCAAGGUGUCCAUGGCCCAGGAUGAACACCCUCGUCCACAGACCACUCUGGAACAGAUGGCCAAAAUGCCUACUGUCUUCAAGAAGGGAGGCACUGUUACCGCUGCCAAUGCUUCGGGUGUGUCUGAUGGUGCUGCUGCUGUGGUCAUUGCAAGUGAAGAUGCGCUGAGUGAACACAAGUUCACUCCUCUCGCUCGAAUUGUGGCCUACCAUGUUUCAGGCUGUGACCCAAGCAUUAUGGGAAUUGGUCCCGUUCCAGCAAUCACACAAGCUCUUAAAAAGGCCGGUCUGACUCUCAAUGACAUGGAUCUUGUGGAGGUGAACGAGGCUUUCGCCCCUCAGUAUCUGGCGGUUGCAAAGGCUCUUGGAUUGGAUCCAGCGAAAACCAAUGUCAAUGGUGGAGCUAUUGCCAUCGGACAUCCUCUGGGUGCUUCUGGAGCCCGUAUCACUGCCCACCUGGUUCAUGAGCUUAGGCGACGAGGAGGCAGGUACGCCGUUGGCUCUGCCUGCAUCGGGGGGGGUCAGGGUAUCGCCAUCAUCCUCGAAAAGUACUGAUCCAAGAAGCUGCCGGAGUCAAAAGAAUUACUGCUGAAGAAUGUCACUCCACACGGUUGACUUGCUUGUUAAAAGAAGAUUUAUUUCAAAAAAAUUUCACGUACACAUGAAAGUCAAAUACUUUCUCAACAGAUACUUCUGGUCUGUUUCAUGAUUGCAUAAAAUGUGUAAUAAAUGUUUCAGUCCAGCAUUGCCUUAGAAGCCCUGUGGAGAUUAAGAGUGAAGAAGUACAGUUUGUGUUGUGUUAUAGUAGGGUCUAAAAAGGACUCUGAACUUCUUUGCCCUUAAAAGAUUCUCUAUCACUCCAUUAAAUGCGAUCCUUAUUUCCAUAAUGAUAUUUUUGAUGGCUCCUCCAAGAAUUGUUGCACAUCUGCCAGAAGGAAUGUUAAUAAAUAACACUUUCAAAAAAGUGAAA